GCUCUCACAACAGCUUCAUUUACAACAAGAAAAACAGUCCAGAGAUUACGCAUCAAGCUCCAAGCGGAACUUGCAAAGGCCUUACAUUAAACCAGACGACAAAAAGAAGAACACGAGCUGGAAUCUACAAAAAAAAAACAAUGAUGGGAGUCCGUAAAAGACCUCUUAUUGCUCUGUUGGCAGUUUUGUCCCUGUCAAGCUAUCCACUGGUGCUAUCACAAAAUAUGGAGACCAGGGAAAGUACCGCAGACGUUGGGGCUGUAGUAGAGGGCACAGGUUCAAAUAGAUUUAGACUAUUCCAAUACGAUCCUGUUAAAGUAGGACAUAUCAGAUAUAUAGAGGUUUCUCCAGGACGAUUUCUCCAGCUGAAAACCAUCGCCGUCAAACCACCAGCAUUUGAAAUUCCGAACUUCCUGUCCCCGGAGGAAUGUGAACGAAUAAAAGAGUUGGCACUGAUUGCCGGUCUAGCCACCAGUACUACCGUCUACAAAGGUCUUAACAAGGUUGGCAUUGACAAAAAUAAGGUCAGUUACAACGCCGCAGUAUGGAAACAGAAGCUGGCCAAGUGCGACAGCAACUCUGACAAGACACUAGACUCCGUUGAAGUACUGCGCUGUCUUCCAGGCUUGGAUAAAGGGGAGGUUGUUCCCCCGAGUAUGCUGCAGAAUAUGUACCUGAAGGUAAAGUUAGACCUGGAUAGUGAUGGGCUCAUCGACGCGAAGGAGCUCUGGCUGAUGAACCUUGAGAACAAGACGGUCGAGAUCAAGGACUGGCUUACCCUCUGGAGGAAAGGGGAGGUAACUAAGGUAGAAGGAAGGGGACGGACUCGUAUUAGCCAGAAUACUUGGCUUGACUGGGCCACCACUACUGACCCUCUCGUAACACAUCUCAUAGACAG